AUGUUCAAAGUCAUGCUCCUUGCUUGCUUCCUGGGCCUGCUGGCCCUCACCUCUGCCUGCUAUUUACCGAACUGCGUAAAAGACAAGAAGAGGUCCGUCGUGGACAAGGACCUGAGACAGUGCCUGCUUUGUGGCCCUGGGGACAAGGGGCGCUGCUUUGGGCCCAGCAUCUGCUGCGGGUAUGACCUGGGCUGCUUCGUGGGCACGACCGAGGCGCUGCGCUGCCAGGAGGAGAACGACCUGCGGUCGCCCUGCCAGUCUGGCCAGAAGCCCUGCGGGAACGGGGGUCGCUGUGCCGCCGCCGGCCUCUGCUGCAACACUAGUGAGCUGGUGCCAAGCGUAGCCAAGGCCUGGGGGAGACUGACUGGUGUGGACGGGGGCGUCCUGGGCCCUGGGCGGUCCUGGGUCCCGGGUGGCGAGUCCUGGCGGGGUACUCGAGGGCUCUAG